AUUAAAAUAAACAUGAUGAGGAUACUCGCAUAAGUUUCAGAAUACUCAAAUAUACUGACGAUUAGAGAUUUAUAUUUCUAUAUGAAAGACAUGUACUUUGUUACUUUUAUCAUAGCGAUAUUCGUCUUCAUAUUAAAUUUUGCAGUCACAGAUGCAUAUGACACGUGCCACCCUGGUAACGAUUUAAGUUUAAGCUUCCAUUGCUAUGGUGAAGAAGAGUACUGCUGUAAUACCGACUUUGAUUGCUGUCAACGUUUAGGGACAGGUCCAAUACUGGGGACCGUUGCAGCUAUCUGUCUUGGACUAGGGAUUCUUGCAUUUUGUAUAUGUGGAGCAUGUCGGAGAAGAAACAGUCGCCAACCUGCUGUGAUUUUACAACCAAAUCAACGCCUUCAAGUAUCAUACAUAGCCUAUGAUGAUCGAGCUAUGAGCAAUCACAAUGUUUACGAACAACCUUCCGCGGCAUCUUUUCAUACAGCUCAACCACCACCAUACAGUUCAAUACAGGGAGAUUCCUCAAAACCACCUCCAUACAGUUCAAUUUAUGCAGAUACCAAUAAAUUCUAGGGACGUCACAAUUCAUCAAUGCAAAAGCGUUUCUAUGGAACAUUUCCGUCUUUAUGAAUAAGAAAGGACGUAUUUAGAUUCUACAUUUGAUCGUCUAACAUAUUUACAAGGAGAACGUAUCUACAACUGAAAAGUAAUCUAAAGACUUAUCAUGAUAACGUUAUAUUGAAAUGAAGUUAUCUUGAAUAUUCUAGUUCAUAUGUCAGGUUUGAUUUAUUUAAAGAAUGUUGACUUGAACGUGUCUCUACAAUUGCAACAUUUCGGCCCUUUCCGUCAAUCUUCGGACAAGGACCACGAAGCAAAUAGUAUGAAUACACAGAACGGAUACGUUAUUUCGGUCUCACUAAUGCGCCACAAAUUUUAGACAAUAAUCCUAGUAACAAAAAGUUAAUAAAUGCCUGGAUUUUUUAAAAUAAUUUAUUGAAUUAUAUCGUGCACAAUUGUUCUUUUUGUAAAUGGCUUGAUUAUGAGCAGUCGGCGAGAUGUUCCGAAUGCGUGUCUCUGCCAUGUUGAUAUUUACUCUAAUGUUUUACAAGUAAUAGAAAGAGACUAAAUAUAAGUAAAAAUUCAUA